AUGCCACCACAGACGCCAAGUCCCCCGAAAGUCUUUGAGCAACCCGAAGAAAAGCCAUCGGCAUGGCAGAACGAAGCGAAAUCGAUCAUCGAGAAGGCGAGAUCCUUCAUAGAUACCCCCAUACGUGCCCCGUACAAGGAGAAGUUCUACGAUGUUGGCCAACGAACUCAGAUCGCGCGGGAAUGGGUCAAGUUUCUUGACUCAGCUGGUGAAUCAGACGACAAACAGACUGUCAAGGACGCCGUCGAGAGCGCGAUCGGAUCCCUAUUUCCCUUCAUUCAGAACUCACCGAAACGACCCGACAGCACUACACCGUUCACCGAUGUGAGAUCCUCCAUCGAGCCAGGAUCACGUGGCAUUGUCAUUCCAACGGGAAAGGCGACCAUGAGAUACGCUGCCCAUCUUAUCGGAUCGCUUCGUGAGGUGCUCCACACCAAAUUGGCGAUCCAGAUCGUCUAUGCGGGAGAUGAAGAUUUCCCGGCUGCUGAUCGCGAACGGCUGCAAGCACGCUUCGAAGACGUCGAGUUUUUGGAUAUCUUGUCAGUGCUUGAUGACACAACUGUCCAGCUGGCUACUGGAGGCUGGGCCAUUAAAGCUUUCGCUGCCCUCUACUCGCCUUUCGAAGAGGUCAUUUUGAUGGAUGCCGAUUCAGUCUUCCUACAAGUUCCCGAAAAGCUUUAUUUCAUCCCGUCCUACAUUUCAACCGGAGUCCUCCUCUUCCACGAUCGCCUGCUCUGGCAGCACGCCUUCGCGGAACGCCACGAGUGGUGGAGAUCGCAAAUUCGCGAGCCCAGUGCGACACUUAACAAGUCUCUGGUGUGGACAGAGGAUUACGCGGAAGAGGGCGACUCUGGCGUGGUUGUCAUUGACAAGUCGCGUUUAGACGUGUUGAUGGGUCUCUUGCAUGUGGCGUGGCAGAACACGCACGCCGUCCGCGAGGAGGUUACGUAUGUGAUGACGUACGGCGAUAAGGAGUCGUGGUGGUUUGGUUUCGAGCUUAGUGGGGCGAGCUACUCGUUCGAAAAGCACUACGGCGCCAUGGUUGGCUGGGUCCGCGACAAGCUGUCGGAAUCUAGGGAGAGGAUUUGCAGCUUCGUCAUCGGUCAUGUUGAUGAUGAGAAUGGGCUGCUCUGGUACAACGGAGGGCUUUUGAAGAACAAAAAGAUCGAUGCCCACGAGUUCGGGCUGCCGACCCACACAAUGGUCGACGGAACUUGGGAAAAGGGCGCUAGAAGGACAGACAUGAGCUGUAUGGUCGGUCCGGCGGGCAAGCCUGUGGAUGAAGAUAAGGGGGAAAUUCUGGAAAGGUCUGUCGCAUUGGCGCAAGAGUUAGACGACGAGUUUGACUUUGUCUAG